CUGGACAUUUGAACCUUUACUGGACAUUUUAUUCUGUCUGUGCAUUGGACAUUUUGGUGCAAGUCAGCUGUGAUAUAUUGAAGCGCGGCGUAGUUGUGCUUUUCUUUUUUCUAGAGCGAUGUCUUGUGGAAUGGUGAGGUCAGAAUCAGAUUACUAAGCGAGCGAAGCUAAGAAGGUAGCAGGAAAGGAAAGGAAAGGUAUGCUGUUUGUCUUGAAUCAUCUGAACAAAUCAUUGGCAUUGUGCAAAUGCUGAGACCAGUAGUAACUAGAAGAAGAAGAAGAAGAAUAAUGUGAUGCGGCAAUGCCAAUGGGCAAGGAGAGAGUCGGAAUGGAAGCACAUGCGCUCCAUGUGCUGCGCCAAUCCUUCCCCGAUGGAGGGGAGGCGAGGCGAGGCCAUCGCUGCCGUCCAUCCUCCCACACGUGUCGCCCCCACGUGCGCAGCGUGCCAACCAUAUGACUCCCAGUCCCAGCACGCCGCCGCCGCACGCGCGGAAGGAACCCUAGGUAGCAAGUUGCCCUUCCCUUGCUGCGGAGGAAUACGGCGGCGAGAUCCAGGCGGGAUGCAGUCGGGGCCGGGCGAGGAGGACGACGAGGAGAUGGGGGUGAAGGAGGAGGAAGACGAGGAUGAGGAGGAGGAGGACUACUACUUGGACGCGACGGCGGGGCGGUACCUGGAAGCGAGCCCGGUGGCCCCCAUGUGUGUUGGGGCAGGGGGAGGCAGGGGAAAUCGGCGGCGCGCGCGUGAGGAGAAGGAGCGGACGAAGCUGCGGGAGCGGCAGCGUCGCGCGAUCACGGGGCGGAUCCUGGCGGGGCUGCGGCAGCACGGCAACUACAACCUGCGGGUGCGCGCCGACAUCAACGAGGUGAUCGCGGCGCUGGCGCGGGAGGCCGGAUGGUGCGUCCUCCCCGACGGUACCACCUUCCCAUCCACCGCCGCCGCCCACGAGUCAGGCUCAGCCCGCCCCGUCAUGGUCGCCGCCGCGCCGCUCGCGCUCCCCUCCUCGCCGCCUCCCCCUCUCCCACCCGUCGCCGCCCGCCCAAUCUCCCACCGCCCUGCCCCCACCUCCCUCCGCUCCUCCUCCCACCUCUUCUCGCCCCCGCGCGCCGCCGCCCCCGACGGAAACUCCUCCCCGCUCCUUGCCGUCCCCGUCCCCAUGGACGACGCCGUCGCCAAGCAGGUCGCCGAUGUGGCGCCGCGCCCGCCGGAGCGGGACUUCGCCGGCACGCCCUACGUCCCGGUCUACGUCAUGCUUCCGCUUGGGGUGGUGAAUGGCAAUGGCGAGGUGGUGGAUGCGGACGAGUUGGUGGGCCAGCUGUGGGUGCUCAAGGCAGCGGGUGUGGAUGGGGUCAUGGUCGACUGCUGGUGGGGGAAUGUCGAGGCACACAGGCCACAGCAGUACGACUGGACAGGCUACAAGCGCCUCUUCCAGAUGAUCAGGGAGCUCAAGCUCAAGUUGCAGGUGGUCAUGUCGUUCCAUGAAUGUGGAGGCAAUGUUGGAGAUGAUGUGUCUAUUCCUCUCCCAUAUUGGGUGACGGAGAUUGGAAGGAGCAAUCCGGACAUCUACUUUACUGACAGGGAAGGUAGACGUAAUACCGAGUGCCUAUCAUGGGGUAUUGAUAAAGAAAGGGUUCUACAAGGCCGAACCGCAGUGGAGGUAUACUUUGACUUCAUGAGAAGCUUCCGAGUAGAAUUUGAUGAGUAUUUUGAGGAUGGGAUCAUUUCAGAAAUUGAGAUUGGACUAGGGGCUUGUGGAGAGUUACGAUAUCCAUCUUAUCCAGCAAAACAUGGCUGGAAGUACCCUGGCAUUGGAGAAUUUCAGUGCUAUGACAGGUACUUACAGAAAAAUUUGAGAAAAGCUGCUGAAGCACGUGGACAUACCAUAUGGGCAAGAGGACCAGACAAUGCUGGCCAUUAUAAUUCUGAACCAAAUCUCACUGGAUUUUUCUGUGAUGGAGGAGAUUAUGAUAGCUACUAUGGCCGUUUUUUCCUCAACUGGUACUCGCAGAUGUUGGUGGAUCAUGCAGAUCGUGUACUAAUGUUAGCAAGGUUGGCUUUUGAAGGUUCAAAUAUUGCUGUUAAGGUGUCUGGCGUACACUGGUGGUACAAAACUGCUAGUCAUGCUGCUGAACUGACCGCCGGAUUCUACAACCCAUCAAACCGUGAUGGUUAUGCUCCAAUUGCUGCGGUAUUGAAGAAACAUGAUGCUGCUUUGAACUUCACAUGUGUUGAAUUGCGCACUAUGGAUCAGCAUGAGGUAUACCCUGAGGCCUUUGCAGAUCCAGAGGGCCUGGUAUGGCAGGUGCUAAAUGCUGCGUGGGAUGCUGGUAUACAAGUAGCUAGUGAGAAUGCUUUACCUUGCUAUGAUAGAGAUGGGUUCAACAAAAUUUUGGAGAAUGCUAAGCCACUGAAUGAUCCAGAUGGACGACAUUUGUUAGGAUUCACCUACCUGAGGCUUAGCAAAGUUCUCUUUGAGAGACCAAACUUUUUUGAAUUUGAGCGCUUCGUCAAGAGAAUGCACGGUGAGGCGGUUCUUGAUCUGCAAGUAUAGAUUGUUAGCGCAUUACAUACAUAUAUACAAGUGAUUCUAAUUGCCUUAGGCCUUUAUGGCUGAUGGGGAACAGAGAUGCCAUUUUUGAUCUUCUUGUUUCAUAGGUGGUAGUAUCAGCUGAUUUUUGAGCUGUUAAAUAGAACUCGCUGCUCCAUUUGUAAAGCCGAUUUGCAUAUAGUUGUCAAGCGGAAGAACCAGUUGGUUUACUUGAAUUGAGGUGGGUUGGGUAAACAGUUAAUUCCGUGGA